UGUCACUGGCUUUACCAGAAGUAAUACGCAGCUGUUGAUACAAAAUGAACGCUUUCAACGGGCAGGACGCUGGAAUAGUUAUAGUUUGCUAAAUCUCUUUCUGCACACAACUACUACGUAACGUAUACAUUUUCAAACAUAAUUUCCAUUUUGCACAAAAGUACAGUAUGUAUUGUUUAAAAAGUUUACUGGCGAGAAACCCGCGGGUUUUACAGCGGCUGGUGAAAGAUCCAAAGCAGGUUUUGUUUCAGUGUAACAGGAGCUUUUUUGCGAAGAAAGGAGCAGUUUGUCGGUUAUUCUGCACUGACAGGACACUUCAUCCCAUCGCCACGGACACGAAAAAUGAAAGUAGAAAAGGUCUAUUAUCAGGGCUGGGGGACAUGCUGUUCUACACCAUCACAGAGGGAGAAGAGCGCAUUCCAGUGACCCGCUUUAUGUCUGCGCUGAGGAGCACAGGCCUGCUGACCUCUGACCCCCGUCUGCAGGAGUGCAUGGGCAAGCUGAGGCAAGCCACAAAGGAGUCCAUCACUGAGGUCCUGAUGGACAGGGAGCUUUUCCAAAAGUGUGUGGGCAGUAACAUUGUCUUGCUGACCCAGGCCUUCAGGAAGAAAUUCAUCAUCCCAGAUUUUGAGCCCUUCGUUUCGACCAUCGACCAGAUCUACAACACUACGCAGAAGCACGAGGAGGGGCAGGUAGCUGACCUGAUUCCCCACCUGGCGAAGACCAGCCCUGACCUCUGGGGCGUGUCCCUGUGCACAGUGGAUGGGCAGAGGCACUCGGUGGGGGACACCAAGGUGCCGUUCUGCCUGCAGUCCUGCGUGAAGCCCCUGGAGUAUGCCAUGGCGGUGGACGAGGUCGGCACUGAGCGCGUGCACCAAUACGUGGGCAUGGAGCCCAGCGGCCUGAAGUUCAACAAGCUGUCACUCGACGAGGAAGAGAAACCCCACAAUCCAAUGGUCAAUGCUGGAGCAAUAGUCAUCACCUCUCUUAUCAAGCCUGACUCAAACAUGGCAGAGAAGUUUGACUACAUGAUGAAUUUUCUCAAUGAGAUGGCAGGCAGAGAGUAUGUGGGCUUCAACAAUGCCACGUUCCAAUCAGAAAAGGAGACUGGGGACAGGAACUUUGCGAUUGGCUACUACAUGAAAGAAAAAAGGUGCUUUCCUGAAGGGGUUGAUAUGAUUGACGCUCUAGAUUUCUACUUCCAGCUCUGCUCCAUCGAGGUGACCUGUGAGUCGGGCAGUGUCAUGGCUGCCACUCUGGCCAACGGCGGCAUCUGUCCAAUCACAGGCCAGCGUGUGCUGAGUGCAGAGGCCGUGCGCAACACCCUGAGCCUCAUGCACUCCUGCGGCAUGUACGACUUCAGCGGGGAGUUCGCCUUCCACGUGGGUUUACCUGCCAAGUCGGCCGUGUCUGGGGCAGUGCUCCUGGUGGUGCCCAAUGUGAUGGGGGUGAUGUGUUGGUCGCCCCCUUUAGACAAAACCGGGAACAGCGUCCGGGGAAUUCAUUUCUGCCUGAAUCUGGUGUCCUUGUUCAACUUCCAUAAUUAUGACAACCUGAGGCACUUUGUGAAAAAGCUGGACCCGCGCAGGCAGUCCGGAGAGGACCGGAACAAGUCGGUGGUGAACCUGAUGUUUGCAGCGUACAGCGGAGAUGUUUCAGCACUGAGGAGGUUUGCCCUCUCCUCCAUGAACAUGGAGCUGAAGGAUUAUGACUCUCGCACAGCACUACAUGUAUCUGCUGCAGAGGGUCAUGUGGAGGUCGUGCAGUUUCUCACACAGGUCUGCAAGGUCAACCCCUUCGUGAAGGACAGGUGGGGGAACAUUCCCCUGGACGAUGCUGUGCAGUUUGGGCAGGAGGGGGUGGUGCAGGUCCUGCAGGAGUACCAUCACACCUACACCCCACAGGGGGUGCUGUCCCGCACAGAGGACCUCAGCAGGAUCGAGACAGUCGAGGGGAUGGUGUGAAGGAGGCCAUUUUAAAAGUCUGCCACAGUCAGAUGUGUUCUCUACCAAAAAUACAUGCAACCUAGCAUACCCACAUUGUAAUUUGCAAAAAAAACAUUCCUAUUUAUUUUUAUAAAAUGUGUUGACAUAUGAGAGAUGAUGAAUAGUAAACAUAAAACUCACACACAAGGCUACAAAUGCUAGCACAUUUUUGUCAUUCACACAAGGCAUCUGUGGCUAAUAUUUGUGACUAUUCUGUUUAUCUGUUUAAGUCUAAGUGCUUUAUAUUAAGUUGUUCUGUAUUAAUCUACAUGAAUGUUGAUUAAAUAUCUACUCAGGGAUGGAUGCACAGGAAUGUCAAAUAUCAAGCUUUCUAUUGUAUUAAAGUGUAAGUUGAAUAUCA